AGGGACAGAGGGUUUCCACGCCUCUCCCUCACCUUCCACCUCCUCUGAUCGCCAUUCUCCAUGGUCUGCACUCCACGCGAAGAUGUCUGGAAGAAAUGUCUCCUGGAAGAAUUUCGUCUCUGGAAUAUUCCUCUGUUCCCUCUUCACCCUCACUUCCGUCUUCACUUCAGGAAAUGUCAUCCCAGAGAAACAACAUUACACGUGUAAAGAUUCAGGAGUUCAAACGAUGCCACAAAUCCAGUCUUUCCAAAAUUGCCAAAAAAUAUAUAUUAUAAUUAAUUCUCUCUCCCUGUCUCUCCAGGAAAGAGUAGUUUGCGAUGAUCUAGGUUGUAUCCCACCGAUGAUAAACAAAACAGCGUUUACUGGAUGCAAUAUUAUUGAACGUCAUUAUUUUUGUAAUGGCAUUGAAACACGGCAAAUUUUCAAACCUCUACUAGAAGGUGCCAAGUUGACCACGAUGCCUGGACCAUACAGACCGGGAGAAAGUGUUUGGAUAAUCUGCAGUGCCCCAGAAAAUUAUAGCGCACACUCGUUCCGGCUAACUAAAGAUGGAACAGACACAGGGAGUUCCUGGAAAACCACUCGAUUACCCAACGACACAGUGGAAUUCCGCAUCCCCAACAUUAGCAUGGCAGAUAGCGGGAACUAUAGCUGCAGUUACAAAGCAGAAAUUCGCAAUGAGACCUUCAACUCCAACCGGAGUAACAUCGUAGCUAUCAACGUUGUUGUAUUUAUUGGAAGAAAAAUUCCCGGAAGAAAAAUCUCACAGAUGGCCCUUGUAAAGAUCAUUCCAAGCUGUCAGAAGUGUUGCAACAUUUGUACGCAAGUGGCGACAAAGAGAGACAGGAAACUCUCAAAAGCUCAAAGGAUGAAGAUAUUAUAUUAAUUGAAUGAUACAGCGUGGAAACAGGCCCUUCGGCCCAACUUGCUCUUGAAAGUGCUAUCAGUCGGAUAUAUUAGUUUACAAAAUGGUGUUGUUCUACAAAAGCAUGGUCUAGUAGAAGACAAGAAUUGCUCCUGUGCCAAGUGUGAAUGACAUUGCAAAUUAUAUGGAACACAAUAUGAAGAAUCGGUUGUCUUUUUAAUGAAGACAUUAAGAUGGAAACCUGCAGAAUAAGAUGGGUCACAGUUUAAGGAUAAGGGGGAAAUCUUUUAGGA